CGGGGCCGGGCCGGGCCGGGCCGGGCGGGAGCGGCGCGGCAUGGCGCUGGGCGGCUGCCUGCGGGCCGGCCGGGGGCGGCUGCUGCUGCGCGCCGCGGCGCCGCGGGGGCCGCCCGCCCGCGGGGGCCGCGCCGGGGACCGGCCGCCGGCCUUCGGGUUCCUCUUCGACGUGGACGGGGUGCUGGUGCGGGGCAGCCAGGCGGUGCCCGCCGCCCGCCAGGCCUUCCGGAGGCUGGCGGACGGCGGCGGGCGGCUCCGGGUGCCCGUCGUCUUCCUGACCAACGCCGGCAACUGCCUGAGGUCGGCCAAGGCCCGGGAGCUCUCCCAGGCGCUGGGGCUGGAGGUCUCUCCGGAGCAGGUGAUCCUGUCCCACAGCCCGCUGCGGCUCUUCAGCCAGUUCCACCAGAAGUGCAUGCUGGUGGCCGGGCAGGGGCCCGCGGAGGAGAACGCCCACAACUUGGGUUUCAAGCAUGUGGUCACCAUUGAGGCACUGAGGAAGGCAUAUCCCCUGUUAGACAUGGUGGAUCAGAGCCGGAGGCCAAAGGAGCUGCCUCCUCCAACCACUGGCUUCCCCACUAUAGAAGGGGUGAUUCUGUUCGGCGAGCCAGUGAGGUGGGAGACAAGCCUGCAGCUUAUUAUUGACGUACUCUUGAGCAACGGGAACCCUGGGGCAGAGCUGCAAGAUAUACCAUACCCCCAUCUGCCUGUCCUUGCCUGCAACAUGGAUCUCCUGUGGAUGGCCGAAGCCAAGAUGCCCAGGUUUGGCCAUGGCACUUUCCUUCUCUGCUUGGAGAACAUCUACAAGAAAGUGACAGGCCGGGAGCUGAAGUAUGAGGCCUUGAUUGGCAAACCCAGCACAGUCACCUACCGCUAUGCUGAAUACUUGAUAAAACAGCAGGCAGAGAAACAGGGCUGGAAGUCUCCCAUCCGACGCCUCUAUGCAGUUGGGGAUAACCCUAUGUCUGAUAUCUAUGGGGCGAACCUCUACAACAACUACCUCAAGUCAGCUCAUCAGAACCAGGUCCAGGAUGGGGUGAAGAGGAGCCUGGAGGCAGCCAGUCCCAAAACUGAGGAUCGCCUUGGGCUGAGGAAGGACUGCAACAAUUCAGUGGAGAGUUGUGAGUCAAUUCUGGUCUGCACUGGGGUCUACCGCCACAAUGCAGAUGAUCACAGUAACAUGGAGGAGUGCAUGACGGAGACAGUAUUCCAUGGGCAUCGGGACUUCUGCUUUGACCCCAGCCUGGUGGAGGCAUCUUACAUAGUACAGGAUGUGAAUGACGCUGUGCAACUUGCUUUCAAGAAGGAGAACUGGAGCUAGGGUUAAAACAGGUGUGUCUAAAGAUCUACCAUCAGGGAUUUUAUGUACUGGAAAGGGAAGAGGGGAAGAACAGGGAGAGACCUGGCAUGAUCUUCUAAUCUAGCCAAUGUGAAAGAAAACUCCCUGUCUCAGCACUAAAAACCCCUUGCUUUUAUUGACACUUACCUGCAAUCCUGACAGCUGCCGGCGGGCUUUCAACUGUGAACAUAUAUUGCUACUAUCAAUAAUUGAGCCAUAAUGGAAACAGGGUAUAAGAAUAAGGGUUGUCCCAGCAAUCCCAGUUUUGUUCAGCCUUCAGAAUUCUUUCUUUUCCACCCUCUGUGCAUGAAGAUCAGGUAAGCCCACCCUCCUCCUCGUGAUGUGAGGAUGAAGCUCUUCCCUGGGCAAGGAGCCACUAUCGGCCAAUGUACGAUUAAUACAAUGGACUAUUAGGCUGGUCCGUGACGUGAGCACACCAUAAGCUGUGUUGUGGUGACACACUGCCAAGGGAAGGCUUUAAGUCUUAACAGCCUCCUUCUAAAAAAUAAGUGCCUAUGGACUUUAACAAAUUCUGUUUGCUUGGGGAUUUUCCACUGCGUCACUGCCAGUCUGAAACAAAAUCCCAUUUUGCAGUCCUCCAUCAGCUACGAGAGGCAGGGCCCCUCAGAAGAAGCUGCAGUAGCCAGAGCAACUUGCUGCAGGGCUGAGGGGAAAGUUACAUUAUUCCCUCCCCGCCCCGCUAUUUAGCAUUCUGUGAACACUUCUGCCUUUUCGCAUCCCACUAGGGAGCCAGCAGCCUGCUCUCAAUAGCAGAGGAAGCCACCAGAGAGUCUGAAUUUCCAGAAGUGUCUUUUCCCAGAACUCAGUGUUGCAGCAAGAGGCUGUUUUGGCAUGCAUCCUGACCCCAAAUGUCGCAAGGGACAUCCACCUGCUCCAACUGGCACAGCUUCCAAAGAAGGGCCCCUCUUUGGAACAGGGCCAACCAGAAAGAGUCACAGCCCACUUUUGCUUCUUCUUUGCAUGUAGGGAUUAAAAAGGGAGAUCAUCAAGCCAGGAUGAUACCCGAGCCCCCAAUUUUCAUCUUUAAGGGUACGAAUAUAUCUGUCCUUUACUUCCUUCUUUCCUCUCUGCCCUUGUGUGGUUUGCAACUCAGGGAUACCCCAUAUGGUCUGAUCCCUGGUCCCUUCUCUUCCUUGAGCAUGUGGGUAGAGUUCCCCUAACAUGAAUUAGCAGCUGGGACUUGCCUGCCCAGGAACAUUUCCAUAUCUCUAAUGACCUGCACUUCCCCUUGCCUCUGUUUUCCUAGCUUGGGCUAUCCAGAGAAAGAUCAAGUCCUGUGUCUCCUUAGACAGUCCAAAGAAGUUAAGCAAGUAUUGCUUGAGAAACUCCAUGUGAAAGUUUGGCUCAGCAAGGAGUGUCAUAAUUCCAGAGGAGCAUUGUGAUUUUAGAAGCCUAAAUCAGCCUGCGUAUGUGACUGAAAGCCUUUGGAGCCAGCACAAGUGAGUUUAUGUUCCUAGUUAUGCUCAGCUCACGCCACUCUGAGACCAGAAAUAGGUUUGCUCUGCCUCCUCUUCCUUCCUGCUUUACCAGGCAGCUCCAUACACAGGGUACAAACAAGAUGUUCUCUGCAGACAUUUGGGUUGUUCUUAAUUAAAAUCUCAGCACCCAUGUGCACUGACAUUCUGCUUCAGCAGCUCUCCAUCCUCUGAUUCUGAUGUAUCUUCCUAGGGAUGUCACACUGCAGAACAGGCUCUUUUCUUAUGUUAUGCCAGGCUUUCUGUCUGAAGGGGAUUGGGUGCUAUGUCAGUGACCCAGGCAAAGAGGUCCUUCUCCGUGUCUUCUUUCUUUAUACCUUAUUUUCUGAAUAGAAGCAGAAAAAUACCUCUUUGGAUUAAUUCUCUCCUAUGAAAUCCAUAGUGGGAAGCAGUCUCUUCCUCUCGAUACUAGCUGGGGUUCUUCACCUUUGUCUUAUCAAGACAAGGAUCGCUUGUCUGCUUCUAAAAACAGGUGUAGUGUGAGGAACACAAUCUAAUCUUUUGCCUUUCACUGGAGAGAAAAAGAGAUUACCAUUUCAUCUACCUACACAAGACAAGGACUUGUCUCCAGUUCCCAGAAGGAUAAGUAAAGGGAAGGACUUUCCAUAUAACAUAGGGAAGGUCUUUUAGCUUUCAGGAUAUCUCCACAGUCACAAUUGCACUGUGGACCCAGCGUGCAAGGCCUGAAGUGGGAGGCCCAUUUAUUCAUAAGCUAGCUGCAGUGUCCCUCAGCCUCACUUCUCAGAGGUGGCAUCCAGUGCAGAAAGAGGAACACUCCCUUUUCUUGCAAUAGGUGCUAACUUGGGUGAAAACUUUUAUAGGAUUAAUUGGGAACUGUCUUCUAGGCUGUGAUUACAUAGACCUCAGACACCUGGCUGCUGGCAAAAAUACCCUCAAUUCGGUAGGUGCUUAUCUGCAGAAAUACUAAGGUUGUCCAUCUGCGUGCAGUAACCUUAGGCAGAGCUCUUUCUUGUUACUUGUUAAGAUUGUGGUGCUAGUUGCUCAAAGACAAGGUGCUACUGAACCAGUGUUCCCUGAGGGGAGUAGCACUGCUGAAUCUGCUAUCCCAAAUGGAGCCAGGUGCACUGGCUGCUGCUCGGAUGAUGGCAGUAGCUUUGUGGAAGGAACGUGUAGAAGAACUUUGAGAAAUCACAAGCAGUUUGUGAUUUCACAUCACCAUGCGUGGCACAUCUCAGCCAGAAGUGAGGUAGGUAGCAAGAGGAAGGAGGUAGCACCCUGUUCAAGAAAGUAAGAGGUUUUUAAUUUGCAUAGAGAGUGAGCCAGGCACCUCUGUCUUUGGAGGGAGCAGUGGAGGUAAGCUGACUGAUGUGAAUCUGCUUCAGAUUCCAAGUCUGCUUUUAGGUCCAGAUUUUUCUUUUUUUUUUUUACCAUGUUAUUUGUGGUGAAACAGUGCUCUGGGAGUCUUAAAAAUGCGUAGGAGGAACUUCAGUGAUAAGGAAUUCAAGAAAUGAUUCACUUGCGAGUUGAAAUUGGACAGAGGGGAGGAGAAUAAAUCUAGAAGAAUCUUGCACCCUUUCCCCAAUUCUUACCAAGUAGGGUUGCAUAAAAGGCUCUGCUUUUUGGUCUGAGUGCUAAUUAGUCAGAUGGGCUGCCCUUGGUAUGAGUGACACUGAGACCUUUCCCCUCUUCCCUUGCUCAGCUCCUUGAAACAGUGCACUUUGUCCGAGUCACUGCCCAGGAACUGCACGGGCACAGUGGAUGAAGUAGGAAAUCUGGGUUCUCCAGCUGCUGCUGGGUACUGGAUUGCGGAAGAUUUCUACAGAGGAAAGCACUUGCCAAGUCCCCUCUGCUCCAAGCAUUUUCUGCUGGAGUGCUGUGCAGGCUUCUAACUUGUCUGCAGUUCGUUUAUGGACAUCUGUUAUUCCUAGAAUUCAGUGAAAUCCUUUUUCCUUGGAACUGCAGCUUCCUGGAAUUAGCUUCAAGUGUGGCUGAAACAAAACCUUUCCUUUGUCUCAUAUUGCACGGAAGUGGUAUUUCUGAAGCUGUAUUUCUCCCCUUUGGAGCAAGCACACUUCUGUGCAGAUUAUGGGACCAAGUGGGAGAGGGGACUUCACACACUGACCUAAUACCUUAAUAUUUAUAUGGUGCGUGGUGAAGACAUGGUGAAGAGCCGAUCCUAACAACUCUUCCACAGAUGGAUGGUUUUAGUCAAGCCUAAAGGCAGUAUGUGGUGAGGUGAGGCAACAGAGAAUAGCAGGGAGAAACCAGAGGAGGGAUAGACCUUGGUUUCAAUCUGAAGCAGAAAACUUUUAUGUCAUGCAAUAACAUGGUGGCCAGAGAGUUCGGUUCCUUUAUUCCACAGGAUGCAUGCAACUACUAGUCUGGUGUUCAGGGAGUCAUACAACACUACUGUCCCCUUUUUUCCAACCUUAAUCCUGGUGUGUCUUUUUCCCUCCAAUAGUGGAUAGUGUUUCAGAUUAUGUCAUGUACACUGUAGCAGAGUGAUUACAUAUUGUACAGAGAAAUCACAAGCUGUGAUUGGUUUAGAUUUCAUACUAAUUUCAUACUAAUUUCAACCCAGUUCCAGAGUUGUUUCUUUGAUCUAGCACAUAUAAAAAAAUAAUAAACAGAUGUUUUCUUUGAAAGACA